AUGAAGGCCUUUGCCAGGUCUCCGGCCGCGAGGAAUCUGUCUCGACCUCCUAAACCGUCGCAGGUUCCAGCUCAAUGGCGGCCCUCGGCCGCUCACGCUUCUGGGCGCAGCGCGCACAAGGUGUCUGAUGCUGAAAUUGCCGCCCUUGCCGGUCAGCAUCAGCAUUCACUGAGUCUUGCCGACUUGGUCAAACAUGGGCGCCCGCCACUCUCGGAGAAGUCGCUGCUCUCGUCCGCCAACUUCACCCUCUCCCUGCUGCCGAUUCGCCUCGCCCGUCGCAUCCAAGCCCUCCGCAAUCUACCCUACAUUGUGGUCUCGAAUCCAAACAUCUCCCGCAUAUACAACAACUACCUACACUCCCUCUCUAUACUGCUACCUUACUGGCAUGCUGCCGCUCAGGGCCAGCCCAUUGCCACCCUGCAAGACGAGAUCAAAUUCACAAACGUGCUGGCCGAGCUCGUGGCAACACACACCGAUACCAUCCCCAUCUUGGCGAAGGGCUUCCUCGAGUGCCGCAGGUACAUUUCGCCCUCCGAGGUGACGCGCUUCCUCGACGAACAUCUUCGCGCCCGCAUCGGAACCCGGCUCGUUGGCGAGCAGCACAUAGCGUUGCACUUUAGCAGCCAGCCUCAUUUUGCCCCCGAGGACAGCCCCACGCCGUGUCCGGAGCAUCCGUCUUACAUUGGGGUCAUUGACACGGCGCUGCGACCCUCGCAAACCAUUGAGGCCUGUGCCGGCUUCGUCGCCGAUAUUUGUGAGCUGCGCUACGGCUCUCGGCCGCAACUCUACAUUGAUGGCGAGCCCGACACCACCUUUGCUUUUGUUCCCAUGCACCUUGAGUAUAUCGUUACGGAGUUGCUCAAGAACGCAUUCCGCGCCACAGUCGAGAGUAGAUCACGCGAGCCUGUUGUUGUGACCAUUGCUCCAGAGCCGCCGUUCAAGCAGCAGCCCGGCGGUGCCCCUCAUAUCACGCUUCCGACGGAGGACCGGGGCCUCUUCCGCAGCGAUGCUAUCCGGCCACUAGAUGACAAUGCCCCUGGCGUGACAAUCCGCAUACGCGACCGUGGCGGCGGCAUUCCCCCGGACGUGCUCCCCAAUAUCUGGUCCUAUUCCUUCACCACCUUUUCCGAGGAAGACGAGUUCCCGGGAUCGGGCGACGGCUCUACCGACGGCCUCGGUGCCAUCGCCACUGCCAGCGUCGGCGGCAGCUCCAUUGCCGGCCUGGGAUACGGCCUGCCCCUUAGCCGUGCCUACGCCGAGUACUUUGGUGGCGGCAUUGCCGUGCAGAGUCUCUACGGGUGGGGCACAGACGUCUAUCUCAGACUCAAGGGCGUCGGCACGAUUGAUCACAAAUAG